AUGAAUAACGGAAGCAAUGCUCCCAUAUAUCAUAUGCCAGCCAUGGCCAUGGAGUCCCAUGGUGUCCAGCAGUCCAUGUACCAGCAACGCACCUAUGUGGAUCGCAGUCGCAUGGCCGUCACAGAUGUCUAUGUGCAGGAGCAUGUGUCGCAGAGCUCCUGCUCCUGGUCAGUGAGUUCCCCGCAUGUGCACGUGCGUGCUCCAGUUUACCUACAAACCGGUCGAGCUCCGUAUAUAGGUAACAAUCCCGGUCCUCCACCGCCACCGCAAGGACAACCGCAUCCAUCAGUGCAAGGUCGAUUUGGCUACAUGUCCGUGCCGGGAAAUGUGCAGUAUUAUGCAGCAAGUUCGGCUUCCAUGAAUUCCUACGGGCAAAUGUACAUGCAACAUUCUUCGGCAUCCGCCAACGUUGGUGGCGUCUAUGUGCCGCCGUAUCAUUCGAUGCAGAUGCGUACCAAGGAAACUUCAAGUCAGACACUGGCGCAUAUUAAGCGUAGCUGUGAUGCAGCCACUCAAACUGAUCUCAUUGGCGAUGCUCCACCCAUGACGAAACUGAAUGUCAGUGACAGCAAGGAUUCGAGCAACAGCUCUCUAGACAGCUCCGAGAUACAGGGUGUUCAGCAGGGCGAGCGUCGCAAUUCGGAGGUGACAUUGCCCGUGCAGCGUCUACAGGAUAUCACACGGAUUUCGCUGCAGGGCAGCGACAUUGCCGAACGUUUGGCCAAUGCGCAUCGCCAGCGUCCUUGUUUCAAGAAGAUGGACACGUUGUGUGCACGCCUUAAGCAGGACUUACUGCGUCCGGAUGGUGUGCUGCCUAACAUCAACUCUCAGGGCAUUGCUUGGGCUGUCAAGGAUUUCAUUUUUGUUUUCACUCGCAUUGUCAAUUCGUGGGUAAUACUCAAGGGAUAUGUGUACAAUACUCCUGAGGGUCUUAACAAGAUCAAGGACGAGCUGCCGGAUGGCUUUAUGGCCGCCUUUGAUUGCUGGCAGAUCAGCACACUCACUCUGGUCGACAUGAUCAUCAAGUCGUUUGUAAAUCUCGAUAGUAUGCUGCAGAAGCAAAAGAACAGUUUCUCCAAACCGGACAUUAACAAUUGGAGCAGCAACGGAAAUAGCAGCGAUUCCAAUUCCAGCAAUAAAACCCUUAAUGGCACUGAUAUCGUGUCGGAAGUCGAAGCUGGACGUGGCCCCAGUGCCUACAGCACACCGCAGAGUAACACGAAAAAUAGCGCCAGUGGCGAUGCCCUGGACAAUAGCUUUAAUAGGCCACAGGUGCAGCUAAAUCCCAAUUGCAUGGAUAACAAACCGAUGGCCGGUAAGAAUUUGAAUUAUUUGUAUACAAUGGUUCAGGAUUCGGAGGAGGCACAGCGCUGUGUAAACGCCAAUGGCACAUAUCUAAAGACUGGAACAUAUACGCCGCUCAUGAAGGACGCUACUCAAGUCGAGCAGUCACCACAGACUCCACCAAAAAGCAUUCCCAUGGUCUGGGUGCAAUCAAACGUGCCCAAUGCCAGGAACAGCCCCUGUCUGCCGGCACAACCUUUGCCACAGCAAUCACUGGAGCAAUCCAAGACGGUGCUCAAAAGUCCAACAGCAAAGCUAAAGUCCCAGUGUCGUCAUAACGAUGUGAAACCCUACACAACACCAAUGAGUCUGAUGGGUCGGGAGAUGGCACGCAAAUUGUUUGAGCUGAGCAAUCGCAUAAUGCAGAUGCAGAACAUCGAUCGUUUCUUUCAAAAGCUGUUUACACUCAACUAUUAUCCGUAUUUCUAUGAGCGUUGCCAGCACGAGUUCAUUGAUGUCCGUGCCAUCAUAUUAAAAUGUGAGAGCGCAACCUAUCAGCAUGUGUUCCAGGCCAUUCACGAUUUGCGACGCAUUAUAUUCUUGGUGCGCAACGAUCUUAAGGAUCAUACCAACAUGGAUUUGCGUCUAUAUACAGCUCUCUAUGAGCGCUCCAUCAACGAGAUGCUAUCCAAGCCGCCCUAUCAAAUCCAGCACUUCGAGCAUAUCACUGGACGUCCCGGCGAGAAACUUUUUAACUUUGACAUUUGAACUGCUUUUGCAUUUAUUCAUUUGAUUUUUUUUUAACAAUUCCGUAUCAACGGUAUCCACUCAGCAUAGUUAUUAGCUUUUCAAUUUUUUCAUUAUUACUUAGCUUUUUAAUUUGCAAUACUAAUCGUAGAAUAAUUAAUCAAAAUAGCAUGGUUUUCACAGCAGAACUCAAUAUUUCGGCUGUAAGCAAUGUGAUAUUA